GGUACUUUUAAUCCUCGCUGCUAUAGAUUAGUUCUGAAAAAAUCCAAUCUUUACUACAGGUCUUGACAAUUUUGGUGGAAGACUAGAAAAAUCCAACACUUCCAGUUCUUUGGAAAGACCCUUCUCUUUUGCCCGUUGUUUACUCUGAUAUGAUCUUGGUGAAGUGUUUCUUACACGCCAACCGCGUCAAACCUUCCCUUUUUUUCUUGCCCUGUUUCAUUUACUUGUAACUAUUACGUCUAUUUCUAUCGUAGUUUCGUCCCUUCGUUUGUCCACACCUGAAAUUGAUGCUUCUUAAAAAAUAUGUGCGUGUGCUCUGACUAUUAUCAAUGUGAUCGUUGAUAAUCAAUAUAUAUAUAUAUAUAUAUAUUUCUUCAUUCCUCCAUAACAAAGAUCUCUCAGAAACGGUGGAGCAUUAUUGAGCAUGGGGAAGAAGCUUGAUGCACUGCUGGGAAGAAGCUUCAACACCACGAGGUUCAAAUCUCUGGUCAAUCUGGCCAUCUCUCGGCUCGCUGUCCUUGCAAACCAGCGCCAGGUGAGAUCCUCCCAGGCUCGUUCUGACGUAGUUCAGUUGCUUCAGCUUGGCCACCAAGAGAGAGCCCUCUUUCGUGUUGAGCAAGUGAUCAAGGACCAGAAACUGCUGGAUGCGUAUGUGAUUAUAGAGAGUUACUGUGAGGCUGUACUUGAAAGAAUCAAGCUACUUGAACAACAGAGAGAAUGUCCAGAAGAACUGAAGGAGGCAAUUUCAGGUUUGAUUUUUGCAUCUUCUAGAUGUGGGGAUUUCCCUGAGCUGAUAGAGAUUCGUUCAGCCAUUACCAGUCGUUUUGGCAAGGAGUUUACUGCUCGUGCUAUGGAGUUGCGCAACAAUUGUGCUGUUGGUCCAAUGAUAGUAAAGAAGCUGUCAGCGAGGCCACCAAGCUCAGAGAUCAAACUGAAGUUACUUAAACAAGUUGCUUCUGAAAAUGGCAUUACUUUGAAAGAUUUGGAGGCCUAUGAAGUUUCAACUGAGAUGCAGGAAUCCAAAGUGGAAGGCGUUUUUAAGAUUUUACCUGAAGAGAUGGAGAAAGAGAGUUGGUAUGCUGAUUCGAUGAGAGGAAGAAAGAAGUACAAAGACGUAGGAGACGCUGCCCAGGCAGCAUUCGAGUCGGCUGCUUGUGCAGCAGCUGCAGCCAGAGCUGCUGUGGAACUCGUUCAAUCCAAAUCAUCUGAUCAUGAUUAUGUGAGUAAUCCGAGCCCAAAAGCAAGAACAUUCACUGAAACUCAUGAAUCCAAGAACAAUGAGAUAGAAUUAGAAUCAAAUAACAAGGAAUUGAAGCAGCCAGUGUGUUCCUCUAGUUUGAAGGAGAAUGAGAUUCCAAUUGAAGCAGUGAAUAUAAUCGAUCUGCUGGAGAAGGAUUUGGUUUUUGAGGAGAGUGAUGUUGAUGGUGGGAGUGGAGAAAGCAGCAGUUCAACUCUUGAGGAGAAAUUCGAGGUUAAUAAAUUUUGUAAGUAGGAUUCAUUUAUUGUUAAGAACCCUAAGUACAUACAUUGUGUGCGAAUAUGUAAGUUGGAUUCACUUAAUACAAAUUUUGUCUAUAAGUCCAAA